GUGCCUGUAAUUGCUAGUUAUGUGCUCGAUUUCUCACGUGAGCAAGUCAUGUUUACAAAUUGAUAAAUUCGAGGUGUACAUCGUCAUUGCCUACUUUAAUUUUAUUUUCUAUCAGUGAUUGCACAUGAUCAAGUGUUCGAUGGAAAGUUGAGAGAAAACAUUGAGGUUGAAAGACAUGCAUAUAAUAUGGGGCAGCAUACAUUUGCCAUUCAAAUGUAAGAUUUGUCAUGAAUCAUUUGAACUGGAAACGGUGCUCGAACACCACAACGACUCAGUACAUAAUCAAAGAAUAACUUCUGAAUGUGAGAUUUGUCACCAAACAUUUGUACUGGAAAGUGAGCUCGAACGCCACAACGACUCAGUACAUAAUCAAAGCCAACCCUGUGAAUCUAAGAUUUUAGAUGAUAUACUGGACCUAGAGAGUGACCUCGAGGGUCGGAAUUACUCAGAAUUUAAUCAAAGAACAAACUUUGAAUGUGAGAUUAGUCAUCAAUCAUCUAGACGGCAAAGUGACCUCGAGGGUCACAAGGACACAGACCAUAAUCAUAGCCAACCCUUUGAAUGUGAGAUUAGUCAUCGAUCAUCUAGACUGGAAAGUGACCUCGAGGGUCACAAUUGCUCAGAACAUAAUCAAAGCCGACCCUUCGAAUGUGAGAUUUUUCCUGAUUCAUUUGGACAAGAAAGUGACCUCGAAGGUCACAAUUACUCAGAACAUACUCAAAGCCAACCCUUCGAAUGUGAGAUUUUUCCUGAUUCAUUUGGACAGCAAAGUGACCUCGAGACUCACAAGGACACAGACCAUAAUCAUAGCCAACCCUUUGAAUAUGAGACUUUUUCUGAUUCAUUUGGACAGGAAAGUGGCCUCGGGGGUCAAGAAGACACAGACCAUAAUCAGAAAAAAACCUUUGAAUGUAAGAUUUGUCAUCGAUUAUUUGAACUCCAAUGUGACCUCAAGAGUCACGAGGAAACAGAUCAUAACGAGCAAAAACCCUAUGAAUGUGUAAUGACACAUUGCCCCAAAUCAUUGGGAACAAAAAGUAAUCUCAAUAAUCACGUAAAUACAGCACACAACCGUAGCAAACCCUUCGAGUGUGAAAUUUGUCACAAAUCAUUUGGAUACAAGGAAGUACUCAAAACUCACGUAAAUUUAGUACAUAAUCGGAUCAAACCAUUUGAAUGUGAAAUUUGUCAUCAAUCAUUUGGGCAAAAAGGUGAUCGCAAAAAACACAUAAUAACAGUCCAUAAUCGGAGCAAACCCUUCGAGUGUGAAAUUUGUCACAAAUCAUUCGGGCAAAAGAGUACUCUCAAAACUCACAUAAUAGCGGUGCAUAAUCGGAGCAAACCCUUCGAAUGUGACAUUUGUCACAAAUCAUUCGGACGAAAGUGUAACCUCGAAAAACACACAACAGCAGUACAUGAUAGGAGCAAACCGUUCGAAUGUGAUAUUUGCCACAAAUCAUUCGGACAAACAACCGAACUUAAUUGUCACACAAAUUCAAAACAUAAGCAUUACAAUUAACCCUACAAAUGUGAAUUUUGUCCCAAAUCAUUCGGCACAAAGGACCACCUCGACAAACACAUAAAAUUGGCACAUCCCUUUGAGACUGGUUAGCUACAAAUCACUUAGAUACUGGACUAAACUUGACAACUACAAUUUGACCGCACAUAAUCUUGACUACCCGAGACAAUUGUGAUAAAAGACUCUUACCUAAGUACGCAAUGUAAUUUUGGAAAAUCUUUUAAAUAAAUAUCUUUUGAUUUUGUGAGAAACAAUUAAAUCUUUUCAACUGUUAACAAUUUUUAAAUAAUUGUAAAAACUGUUCUUUGAAUAAUGACUUCUUUGCCAGGAUCCGUCUUUCGGCUAAAUAACGAAAAACGGAUAUUACGUCUAUGAAUCUAAUUUUAUGUAUUCUCAACUUGCUCGCUUUGAACGAUUCCGCAAAAAAUGUUUAAAGUUAAUUUAUAAUUUAAUCCCGCAAUUUAGUUAUCAAUUAAUUAUUCAUAUUAUUUAUAUUUCUACUAUUUACUCGUUGGCUUUUGUUUAAUGACAUGUUGUAAAUAAAAAAAUACUGCCAAUGCAUUGG